GCGGCUGCAGCAACAGGUAUAGGCUUUACUCUCAUGUUUGUGAUUGUGUUGCUGGUAGUUUUCUCUGUAUGUAUUGCCACAGGAGGUGGCAGUGUAGAAGUCACCUUCACUUCAUCUCCUCAUCCUUCUAUUAUUGCUGAGGGGGAUACAGCAGUCUUCUACUGUUCAUCAGAUCAUCCAACUGUUCUUAUCACUUGGUUGUUAAAUAACAUAUCAGCUUCAACAUUAAAUUUUACUUCACUUGGUGUCAUUGCUAAUGGAGGAGGAACAACAUCCUCUUCUCUCACUAUACCAGGACUAGUGGAUCCAUUCAAUGACACUGAAGUACAAUGUGUUGCAUUUGGAUUUGGUAUUGGAGACUUUAGUCCUUCUUCAGUGACACUGAAAGUACAGGGUGUCCCAGCACCUGUUGAUAAUUUAACACUGUCUUAUGAUUCUUGUUGUUAUACAUUUUCCUGGAUAGCUCCUUUCACUCUGCCUGGUUUUCCUAUCUUGAAUUACAACAUUAGCAUCACUAACAAUGGCAUGAUAAUAGAUCAAACAAAUGUCUCUAUGACACAAUCGACAUAUUGUCCUCCAGAGACUGGCACUCACACAAUUAGUAUAGCAGCUGUCAAUGAAGUAGGAGAAGGAAAAAUAAACUAUCAUGAAUUUGUUGUGGAAGAAACUGAAAUUCGUGAGACUAAGCCUAUGGAUCGAUAUAUUGAUUUUUAUCAAAACCAAAUCAUUUCCGUAAAAUUAGACGGAAAUGAGAAGCUUAGUGCAAAAUUAAAGAACUGCAUAAUUGAACUUAUUGAACUAAAGUCUACUGAUGAUAGCAACACCAUCUUUAAUUCCAGUAACAUCACUGAUGAUGGUUUGGUAACAUUUAACAUUUCAGAUCAAUCAGCUGCUGAUAAGUUUCACAAUGUCACUACUCAAAUCACCCUUGACUCUGGUCUUGUUGUUCAUAGUAACAGCAGCAAUCCUUUGUCCCUCAGCUUCUUUGAUGUCUCUGGCUAUGAAGUUCUGUCCAAAGUCAGUACUAAUGUCAGUUUUCAGUGUACAUUCUUAAACGGAUCAAAAGCUGCUGGAUGCUGUAUUUUUAUGGAAGAAAUGAAAACAGGGAAAAACUAUUCACUUGAUAUUACAAGACUAACAAGAGAGAAUAUCACAGCGACAGGGCAUGUAGAAGACUUUGUUGAAAGUGGCAGUUAUGAUGUAGUGAUAUAUGACAUUAAUUUUGAUGGAAACCAAGCUUCAAAUCCUGCAUAUUCAACUACUAUUGUUGUAGCAUCAAGUACUCCUACCCCUACUGCUGGCUCAUCCCCUCCUGUGAUAACAAGUCCCACCUCUAUGCUACCAGCCAGUCCUACCUCAACCACUGGAGAGGCAAGUAAUGACAAUGGUGGUGUGAUUGCAAUUGUUAUUGGAAGUAUUUUUGGAAUAAUAUUUUUUGGCAUUAUUCUUAUUGUGCUAGUUGCUUUUGUCUGUUGGAAACAUAAAACUCAUUCUAAAGAAUUUGAGAUUAGUAAAAGAGCAAGUCAAGAUGUAAGUAACGUAGAGCCAAAGAAUACAGUAAAUUAUGUAGAUGUAGAGCAGCCAGGUUCUAAUGCACCAGCAAAUCCUCCUCCUCUUGAAAUCAGCAAAACUGUUUAUUCUACAAUACUCCCAGCAAACAACCAGGCCCAGCAUGAUGAAGAGUAUUCAAGGUUAAACCACACGUCUAUUCAAGAAUCCUCUCAAGGUCCUAGUGACUAUUCUACACUUGAGGGGCAACAGGAUCAAACUGGUUCAAUGCUGUAUGAUACAGUUACUGAUAGGCCUAUUCAAGGCAUGAGUGUAGACCAGUCAAUGAAUUGGAACGUGAAGUUACUCACUUGUGAUGAGACUUCUCCAUCGCUCGCUCCUCCUCCUUCAUCUCUUAAUACAUCAUCACCAUCAAUAGUGACAACAGAUCUACCUUCACCAGACUCACAAUCAGACACUGGAUUAAUAUUGAGAGAUAAUAAUAAUUUAUCAGUUCAACCACAGGCUAAAAGAUCCUCAUUGAGACCUACACCAGUGCUAUCAGCAUGGGCUGCAGUGAAUCAGUUUAAUCAGUUAGCAUCAUUACCUGUAGCUGAUGAAUUAUCACCUCCACCAUCCUAUGAGUCAGCACUCAAUAUAGCAACUGAGUCAUUUGACAGACCACAGAGUGUCAUAAUACUUUCAAGGCUGAACGUUUCAUCAGAAGCUACUCCACCUCUUUCAGCAAGACCAAUUGAUGGUAGUGAAUAUGCUCAGUUGGACUUCCCUUCCUCUCCUCUCCCUCCUCCUCCUCCUCUUUAUAAUGAUGAGAAUUGCUGGUAUAAUCCUCGACCUGUUGUUACUAUGGUUAAUAAUCCACCAGUUAUCAAUGGGGUACAAUAUUCAACAGUAUAUACAACUAAUAAUCUAAGAACUGGUUUUAAUUAACACUCAAUCAUUCACUUGUGUAAUAAUAAUAAAGUAUUGUAUAAUGAUGUUGUGGUGUAUGCAUACAUAUUGCAGCCUUUAUAAUUAUCAUUAUAAUUAUUAACUUGUGUUCCUUGUUAUCCUCAACUGGUCAAGUUUACCAUAUGCUUGGCAUUCUGAUACUUUCACUCUUUCUUCCAA